CGCUCGAGUGUGCUGCAGCGGCGGCCCAACGCUAGGGCGAGGCACGUCCACUUGGAGCUGGGGACUCCCGCCGCGGCACACCUGCCCCACGGUCCUCAGAGCCCGGGCCGGCGCAGGGAGCCGGUCGCCGCAGAGUCCGCACCCGCUGCCUCGCGGGAUCGCUGGGCGCCCUGCCAGACUCAGCUGUCCAUCUCCGACUGAGCCAGCCAAUCGCCCGCCACUGUCCCGGCCGCACCUCCCGGAAUCUAUGAUGGGCGUGAGGGCCAACCUAUGAGAUUGGAGUCUCGAUGGCCGGGGCUGGCAGUGGGAGCCAAUGAGCAUCAUUCCAGAGGCGAUUGCUCGUGGAUCCUUCUGUUUACAAUGGCGCAGAGAACUGGACUUGAGGAUCCAGAGAGGUAUCUCUUCGUGGACAGGGCUGUCAUCUACAACCCUGCCACUCAAGCUGAUUGGACAGCUAAAAAGCUAGUGUGGAUUCCAUCAGAACGCCAUGGUUUUGAGGCAGCUAGUAUCAAAGAAGAACGGGGAGAUGAAGUUAUGGUGGAAUUGGCGGAGAAUGGAAAGAAAGCAAUGGUCAACAAAGAUGAUAUUCAGAAGAUGAACCCACCUAAGUUUUCAAAGGUGGAGGAUAUGGCAGAAUUGACGUGCUUGAAUGAAGCUUCUGUUUUACAUAAUCUGAAGGAUCGCUACUAUUCAGGACUUAUCUAUACUUAUUCUGGACUCUUCUGUGUAGUCAUAAAUCCUUACAAGAAUCUUCCAAUUUACUCUGAGAAUAUUAUUGAAAUGUACAGAGGAAAGAAACGUCAUGAGAUGCCUCCACACAUCUAUGCUAUAUCUGAAUCUGCUUACAGAUGCAUGCUUCAAGAUCGUGAGGACCAGUCAAUUCUUUGCACGGGUGAAUCAGGUGCUGGGAAGACGGAAAAUACGAAGAAAGUCAUUCAGUACCUUGCCCACGUUGCUUCUUCACAUAAAGGAAGAAAGGACCAUAAUAUUCCUCAGGAAUCGCCUAAACCGGUGAAACACCAGGGGGAACUUGAACGACAGCUUUUGCAAGCAAAUCCAAUUCUGGAAUCAUUUGGAAAUGCGAAGACUGUGAAAAACGACAACUCAUCUCGUUUUGGCAAGUUUAUUCGGAUCAACUUUGAUGUAACUGGCUAUAUCGUUGGGGCCAACAUUGAAACAUACCUUCUGGAAAAGUCUCGUGCUGUUCGUCAAGCAAAAGAUGAGCGUACCUUCCAUAUCUUUUACCAGUUGUUAUCUGGAGCAGGAGAACACCUAAAGUCUGAUUUGCUCCUGGAAGGAUUUAAUAACUACAGAUUUCUCUCCAAUGGCUAUAUUCCUAUUCCUGGGCAGCAAGACAAAGAUAACUUUCAGGAGACAAUGGAAGCAAUGCACAUAAUGGGCUUCUCUCACGAAGAGAUUCUGUCGAUGCUUAAAGUAGUAUCUUCAGUGCUACAGUUUGGAAAUAUUUCUUUCAAAAAGGAAAGAAAUACUGAUCAAGCUUCCAUGCCAGAAAAUACAGUUGCACAGAAGCUCUGCCAUCUUCUUGGGAUGAAUGUGAUGGAGUUUACUCGGGCUAUACUUACCCCCAGGAUCAAGGUCGGCCGAGACUACGUGCAAAAAGCCCAGACCAAAGAACAAGCAGAUUUUGCAGUAGAAGCGUUGGCAAAAGCUACCUAUGAGCGGCUCUUUCGCUGGCUCGUUCACCGGAUCAAUAAAGCUCUGGAUAGGACCAAACGUCAGGGAGCAUCUUUCAUUGGAAUCCUGGAUAUUGCUGGCUUUGAAAUUUUUGAGCUGAACUCCUUUGAACAACUUUGUAUCAACUACACCAAUGAGAAGCUGCAACAGCUGUUCAACCACACCAUGUUUAUCCUAGAACAAGAGGAAUACCAGCGUGAAGGCAUUGAGUGGAACUUCAUCGAUUUUGGGCUAGAUCUGCAGCCGUGCAUUGACCUGAUAGAGAGACCCGCAAACCCGCCGGGUGUGCUGGCCCUUUUGGAUGAAGAGUGCUGGUUCCCUAAAGCUACAGAUAAAACGUUUGUUGAAAAACUGGUUCAAGAGCAAGGUUCCCACUCAAAAUUCCAGAAACCUCGGCAAUUGAAAGACAAAGCUGAUUUUUGCAUUAUACAUUAUGCAGGGAAGGUGGACUAUAAGGCGGAUGAGUGGCUGAUGAAGAACAUGGACCCUCUGAACGACAACGUGGCCACCCUUUUGCACCAGUCCUCAGACAGAUUUGUGGCAGAGCUUUGGAAGGAUGAGAUUCAGAAUAUUCAGAGAGCUUCUUUCUAUGACAGUGUUUCUGGUCUUCAUGAGCCACCAGUGGACCGUAUCGUGGGUCUGGAUCAGGUCACGGGGAUGACUGAGACAGCUUUUGGCUCUGCGUAUAAAACCAAAAAGGGCAUGUUUCGUACCGUCGGGCAACUCUACAAAGAAUCGCUCACCAAGCUGAUGGCAACCCUGCGCAACACCAACCCUAACUUUGUUCGCUGCAUCAUUCCGAAUCACGAGAAGCGGGCUGGAAAACUGGAUCCACAUCUGGUGCUAGAUCAGCUUCGCUGUAAUGGCGUCCUGGAAGGGAUCAGAAUCUGUCGCCAAGGGUUCCCUAACCGGAUAGUCUUCCAGGAAUUCAGACAGAGAUACGAGAUCCUAACUCCAAAUGCUAUUCCUAAAGGUUUUAUGGAUGGCAAACAGGCCUGUGAACGAAUGAUCCGGGCUUUAGAAUUGGACCCAAACUUGUAUAGAAUCGGACAGAGCAAGAUAUUUUUCAGAGCUGGAGUUUUGGCACAUUUGGAGGAAGAAAGAGAUUUAAAAAUCACGGAUAUCAUUAUCUUCUUCCAGGCUGUUUGCAGAGGUUACCUCGCCAGAAAGGCCUUUGCCAAGAAGCAGCAACAACUAAGUGCCUUAAAGGUCUUGCAGCGGAAUUGUGCAGCGUAUCUGAAACUACGGCACUGGCAGUGGUGGCGAGUCUUCACGAAGGUGAAGCCUCUCCUGCAAGUUACUCGCCAGGAGGAAGAACUUCAGGCCAAAGAUGAAGAGCUGUUGAAGGUGAAGGAGAAGCAGACGAAGGUGGAGGGAGAGCUGGAGGAGAUGGAGAGGAAGCACCAGCAGCUCUUAGAAGAGAAGAAUAUCCUUGCAGAACAACUACAAGCAGAGACUGAGCUCUUUGCUGAAGCAGAAGAGAUGAGGGCAAGACUUGCUGCUAAAAAGCAGGAAUUAGAAGAGAUUCUGCAUGACUUGGAGUCUAGGGUUGAAGAAGAAGAAGAAAGAAACCAAAUUCUACAAAAUGAAAAGAAAAAAAUGCAAGCACAUAUUCAGGACCUGGAAGAGCAGCUGGAUGAGGAGGAAGGGGCUCGGCAGAAGCUGCAGCUGGAAAAGGUGACAGCGGAGGCUAAAAUCAAGAAGAUGGAAGAGGAGAUUCUGCUUCUUGAAGACCAAAAUUCCAAAUUUAUCAAAGAAAAGAAACUCAUGGAAGAUCGCAUUGCUGAGUGUUCCUCUCAGCUAGCUGAAGAGGAAGAAAAGGCAAAAAACUUAGCCAAAAUCAGGAAUAAGCAAGAAGUGAUGAUCUCGGAUUUAGAAGAACGCUUAAAGAAGGAAGAGAAGACCCGUCAGGAACUGGAGAAGGCCAAAAGGAAACUGGACGGCGAGACGACCGACCUGCAGGACCAGCUGGCCGAGCUGCAGGCCCAGAUCGACGAACUCAAGCUGCAGCUGGCCAAGAAGGAGGAGGAGCUGCAGGGCGCGCUGGCCAGAGGUGAUGACGAGACGCUCCAUAAGAACAAUGCACUUAAAGUUGUGCGUGAGCUGCAGGCACAGAUCGCUGAGCUCCAGGAAGACUUUGAAUCUGAGAAGGCGUCUCGGAACAAGGCGGAAAAGCAGAAAAGGGACUUGAGUGAGGAGCUGGAAGCCCUGAAAACAGAGCUGGAGGACACUCUGGACACCACGGCAGCCCAGCAGGAGCUACGUACAAAACGUGAGCAAGAAGUGGCAGAGCUGAAGAAGGCUCUCGAGGAAGAAACCAAGAACCAUGAGGCUCAAAUCCAGGACAUGAGACAAAGACAUGCAACAGCCCUGGAGGAGCUCUCGGAGCAACUGGAACAGGCUAAAAGGUUCAAGGCAAACCUGGAGAAGAACAAGCAGGGCCUGGAGACGGAUAACAAGGAGCUGGCGUGCGAGGUGAAGGUGCUGCAGCAGGUCAAGGCCGAGUCUGAGCACAAGAGGAAGAAGCUUGAUGCGCAGGUCCAGGAGCUACACGCCAAGGUCUCAGAAGGCGACAGGCUGAGGGUGGAGCUGGCCGAGAAAGCAAGUAAGCUGCAGAAUGAGUUGGAUAAUGUCUCAACCCUACUGGAAGAAGCAGAGAAGAAGGGUAUUAAAUUUGCAAAGGAUGCAGCUAGUCUUGAGUCUCAACUACAGGAUACACAGGAGCUUCUUCAGGAGGAGACACGCCAAAAGCUGAACCUGAGCAGCCGGAUCCGGCAGCUGGAAGAGGAGAAGAACAGCCUGCAGGAGCAGCAGGAGGAGGAGGAGGAGGCCAGGAAGAACCUGGAAAAGCAAGUGCUGGCCCUGCAGUCCCAGUUGGCCGAUACCAAGAAGAAAGUAGAUGAUGACUUAGGCACAAUUGAAAGUUUGGAAGAAGCCAAGAAGAAGCUCCUCAAAGACGUGGAGGCGUUGAGCCAGCGCCUAGAGGAGAAGGCGCUGGCUUACGACAAGCUGGAGAAGACCAAGAACCGCCUGCAGCAGGAGCUCGACGACCUGACGGUGGAUCUGGACCACCAGCGACAGAUCGUCUCCAACUUGGAGAAGAAGCAGAAGAAGUUCGAUCAGCUGUUAGCAGAAGAGAAGAACAUCUCUGCUCGCUAUGCGGAAGAGCGGGACCGCGCUGAAGCAGAGGCCAGAGAGAAAGAAACCAAAGCCCUGUCCCUGUCCCGGGCCCUCGAAGAAGCCCUGGAGGCCAAGGAGGAGUUUGAGAGGCAGAACAAGCAGCUCCGAGCAGACAUGGAAGACCUGAUGAGCUCCAAAGAUGACGUGGGGAAGAACGUUCAUGAACUCGAGAAGUCCAAACGGGCCCUAGAGCAGCAAGUGGAGGAAAUGAGGACCCAGCUGGAGGAGCUGGAAGACGAGCUGCAGGCGACGGAAGAUGCCAAGCUGCGGCUGGAAGUGAACAUGCAGGCCAUGAAGGCCCAGUUUGAGAGGGACCUGCAAAUGAGGGACGAGCAGAAUGAAGAGAAGAAGCGGCUGCUGAUUAAACAGGUGCGAGAGCUGGAGGCAGAGCUGGAGGACGAGCGGAAGCAGCGGGCGCUUGCUGUGGCUUCCAAGAAGAAGAUGGAAAUAGACCUGAAAGAUCUCGAAGCUCAAAUCGAGGCUGCAAACAAAGCUAGGGAUGAAGUGAUCAAGCAGCUUCGCAAACUCCAGGCUCAGAUGAAGGAUUACCAACGUGAAUUAGAAGAAGCUCGUGCAUCCCGAGAUGAGAUUUUUGCACAAUCCAAAGAGAGUGAAAAGAAAUUGAAAAGUCUGGAAGCAGAAAUCCUUCAAUUGCAGGAGGAACUUGCCUCCUCGGAGCGGGCGCGCCGACACGCCGAGCAGGAGAGGGACGAGCUGGCCGAUGAGAUCGCCAACAGCGCUUCUGGCAAGUCGGCACUGCUGGACGAGAAGCGGCGUCUGGAGGCGCGGAUCGCGCAGCUGGAGGAGGAGCUUGAAGAGGAGCAGAGCAACAUGGAGCUGCUCAACGACCGCUUCCGCAAGACCACGCUACAGGUGGACACGCUGAAUGCAGAGCUAGCAGCUGAGCGCAGUGCUGCCCAGAAGAGUGACAAUGCGCGCCAGCAACUGGAGCGGCAGAACAAGGAGCUGAAGGCCAAGCUGCAGGAACUAGAGGGUGCUGUCAAGUCCAAGUUCAAGGCCACCAUCUCAGCCCUGGAAGCCAAGAUUGGGCAGCUGGAGGAGCAGCUUGAGCAGGAAGCCAAGGAACGAGCAGCCGCCAACAAACUAGUCCGCCGGACCGAGAAGAAGCUGAAAGAAAUCUUCAUGCAGGUGGAAGACGAGCGUCGGCACGCGGAUCAGUAUAAAGAACAGAUGGAGAAGGCCAACGCCCGGAUGAAGCAGCUGAAGCGGCAGCUGGAGGAGGCGGAAGAAGAAGCUACACGUGCCAACGCCUCCCGGCGCAAGCUGCAGCGGGAGCUGGAUGACGCCACCGAGGCCAACGAGGGCCUGAGCCGCGAGGUCAGCACUCUGAAGAACCGGCUCAGGCGCGGCGGCCCCAUCAGCUUUUCCUCCAGCAGAUCUGGCCGGCGCCAGCUGCACAUUGAGGGGGCGUCCCUGGAGCUGUCCGACGAUGACACGGAAAGUAAGACCAGUGACGUCAACGAGACGCAGCCACCCCAGUCGGAGUAGAGCCUGGGAAGCCAGAGGCGGCAACACGACAGCGGGACACUUAGGAACUCACCGCGCCAGCUGCCUCGCGGCCUCCUGCAGAGUGACGAGUCGGCGAGCUACGGGAUUCCUUCCUGAAAGAUCAACUGUGUCUUAAGGCUUUCCAGCCUACGCAUACUGUAUCCUGCUUCAGAUUUAGGUACAUUUGCUCCCCUUUUUAUAUAUAUAUACACACACAAAACACACAUAUUAAACAGAUGGUUUCAUCAUUGCAUCUAUUUUCCAUAUAUUCAUCAAGAGACCAUUUUAUAAUACAUGUUAAGAACCCUUUUUAAAACAGAAAACUCCAGACCCUUCGUUGCCAGUCGCUGGGUUAUUGGGGCAGCGUGGUUGUUGCUGUCGCUCUGCAUGCUCUCUGUCAUACAGACAGGUACUUAGUUCUGUGUUCAUGUGGCCCUGACUCCUCAGCCACGUCAAGUCUCUUAGAACAUUGUGGAACCUAAACUGCACUUGUAUCUCUCAUUUCCUUCGAAUAACAAUCAACACGAUUUCAGUAAGCAAACUGUGAAGGGGGCUUUGGAAAGAUUAGGAGGGGUGGGCUGGAUUGGAGGAAGCAACAUCCGUUUGGGGUUACCGUGCCCAUCCCCCAAGGGGUGGCUCUGCCCCUCUAGUUGGUGGUGUCCCCGCAUCUACUCAUGUGAACUGUCCUUGGCCAGGGCUGGUCUGUGCAUAGAAAGGGUGUGGCCACCAUGCAUCUGAGGCCCCAGGUGGCAGCCGUCAGUCAUGUAGACUUCUGGACCCACCGGGCUUUGCCUGUGCCCUCCUCACUUCGGGAGCAAACAGCUGUGCCCCAGGCAGGAGUCGGCGGAAGGCCCCCCUCGCCAGCCAGGCUCUCGUGCUGACCUUGCAAAUGCAGCCGCUGCUUUGAGCCCAAAAUAGGAACAUUGGUUUUGUGUCCGAGGCUUGUACCAAGUUUGUCAGCGAGGUUUCUAGAACCUCAAGAACAGAUGCCAUCUUCCUGAAUGUUGACAUGCCAGUGGGCGUGAAUCCUCUUUCAUUUUUCCUUUUCCCUUCCCUUUGGACAGUGUUACGGUGAACAUUUAGCAUUCUGUUUUUGGUUGAUAGUUGAGCAAACUGACAUUACAGAAAGUGCCUUAGACACUACAGUACUAAGACAAUGUUAAAUAUAUUAUUUGCCUCUAUAACAAUUUAAUGUAUUAAGUUUGUGCUUCAUAUCAUGUACCUCUCUAGUCAAAGUGGUAUUACAAACAUUCAGUGACAAUGAAUCAGUGUUAAAUUUAAAUCCUUGAUCCUCUGCAAUGUGCUUGAAAACACAAACCUUUUGGGUUAAAAGCUUUAACAUCUAUUAGGAAGAACUUGUCACGUGGGUUUGGAAUCUUUGAUUUUCCCCCUUUAUGAAUUGUACUGGCUGUUGACCACCAGACACCUGACUGCAAAUAUCUUUUCUUGUAUUCCCAUAUUUCUAGACAAUGAUUUUUGUAAGACAAUAAAUUUAUUCAUUAUAGAUAUUUACGCCUGCUCUAUUUACUUGGAGAACAAAAGCACCCGUGGAGAAUAAACAGACCUCAAUAAACAAGAAUAAUCAUGUGAA